GUAGAGCUAACAUGCGUGUGUGACAGACAGUUAUGUUGUAUAGAUAAAUAUUAUUAUUUUUAUGUUGCUUUGAUUAAUUUUUUUGUUAUUUGUUAGAGUUGUUUUUUUUAAAAUGGAAGCAAAACCGAAAAGUGAACAUUUGUUAUCUUUGAAAGUGAUGAGAUUGACUAGACCAACACUGGCAAAUCCAAUAGUUGUGACAUGUGAAAACUCGGAUUUACCAGGACAUAUACUAAACAUAGCAUUGAAGAAUGAUUGCACUUCUCUAGAAGGAAUGGAAACUCUUGCGGUUGGUCAAUUCAUGGUUUUGCCUCAAAGUUUUGGAAAUAUAUAUUUAGGAGAAAUAUUCUCUAGUUAUUUAUGUGUUCACAAUGGAAGUCAUCAGUCAGUUAAAGAUGUUACAGUCAAAGCUGAUCUACAGACAAGUACUCAAACUAUCCCUUUAUCUGGUCAAAAUUACCAAAUAAGAGAAUUGGCUCCAAAUUAUACUAUAGAUGAAGUUAUCCAUCACGAAGUCAAAGAAACUGGAACACACAUAUUAGUUUGUGAAGUAGUAUAUACUCCAAUAGCACUAGGUGCUCAACCAACAUCUUUUAGAAAAUUUUUCAAAUUCCAAGUUGUCAAACCGUUAGAUGUUAAGACAAAAUUCUACAAUGCUGAAAAUGAUGAAGUGUAUGUUGAAGCACAAAUUCAAAAUUUAACAGCAUAUCCUAUUUGUUUGGAGAAAGUGGCAUUGGAAUCAUCUCAUUUAUUUACUGUCUCAACGUUAACUUCAAAUGAAAAGUCUGAGUCAAUUUAUGGAGUGGUAAAUUUAUUAGAUUCUGGUCAUAGUCGACAGUAUUUGUAUUGUUUAAAGCCUCAACCUAGUUUAGCCAAAGAUCCAAAAUUAUUACACAAUGCUACGAAUAUUGGUAAGCUAGAUAUUGUCUGGAGAAGUAAUUUAGGAGAAAGAGGACGUCUUCAAACCAGUCAAUUACAAAGAAUGGCUCCAGAUUAUGGCGAUCUUCGAAUCACUGCUAGAGAUUUAAUAGCUAAAGCAUUUCUUGAAGAGCCCUGUACCUUCAAACUUCAAAUAAUCAAUACUUCAGAAAGACAAAUGGAUUUGUUAUUAGGAUUGCCAAAUAACACAUCAAUAGCAUGGAGUGGAAUAUCUGAUAGAAUGAUUGGUACUCUCAAACCAGGUGAAAUGGUGCAAAUUCCAUUGUGCUUGAUUCCAUUAGAAUGUGGACUAGUAUCUGUUUCAGGUUUAAAAUUAACAGACACUUUCCUUAAAAGAGUUUAUGAAUUGGAUGAUUUAGCUCAAAUUUUUGUUAGUCGCUUAGAGUUUAAUUAAUUUUUAUACUCAUAGAAAAAUAAAGAUAUUUACUUGUUUAAUAAAUGUUGUAAAAAUU